AUGUACAUCACUCUCUACUUCAUAGUCACCCGCCUCCCUGACUCUCUUAGCGCCGUCCAGGACCUCCUUCUAGCCGUUGACCCCACCACCCUCACUGUCGACCUGCUCGAGAAGCACCUCCUUGCAGCUGAGACUAGCAUAGUCGCAGCGCCGCAGCGGCAGGGGCAGGGGAGGCAGGGGCGGUGGGGGCGGCAGAGGUGGAGGCGUGGUGGGGGCGGUGGAGGCGGUGGAGGGGGCGGCGGUGGCAGAGGGAGUGGUGGUGGGGGUGGAGGUGUAGGUGGCGGCAGUGGUGGCGGCAGUGGCGGUAGUGGCGGCGGCAGUGGUGGCUACAGUGGGAGUGGAGGCGGUGGCAAUGGUGGCGGCCGGGGUGGUACGAGUCAGAGGGGAGGCCUGGGUGGUGGUCAGAGGCAGCAACAGCGGCAGCUUUCGCCCCAGGAGCUACGUGAGUGGUUUGCUCAGCGUGGAGCGGCUGGGGUUAGUGGUCCCUGCCCGUAUGUCAUUCGCACAGGUGACCUCACUGGUCAGACAUGCAGGAAGCUCCACACCCAGUACCGCUGCUUCUCUCGUCUUAUCCAUGCCAUCCGCACAGAGUUUCUAGACGCGCCUGAGCUCCCCCGCUGGGCAGAGCUGCUUAAGCAGGGUGUGGACAUCUUUGCUCUUGAUUAUGAUGCUAUACUAUCUGCCAUGUAUGCAUAUACUGUUAGUGCAGAGGGUGACUGUUACCUGUGUAUGCCGCCAGACCCAGGUAUAGAGGUUGCUUAG